AUGUGGGAACACUUUGAGCAGAUCUCCCCCAACAAGGUGAAGUGUUUGUUGUGUGCCAAGGAAUUGGGAUACAACAAUAACACCUCAUCCAUGUUGAGGCAUUUUCGUGCUUUGCAUGAAAACAGUGAGGGGAAUGUGGCUGGACCCAGUCCAGUGAGCAGAAAGAAGGACCUGGACGAUGCCUUGGUGUCAAUGAUUGUCAAAGACACCCAGCCUUUCAGUAUAGUGGAGGACACAGGAUUUAGAGAGUUUGUGGCUAAACUAGAUCCAACCUACAUCCUCCCAACAAGAAAGGUUGUUAAGGCCAUGGUUGAAGACAGAUACCAGCAUGAGAAGGAGAAGGCCAAAGCUGAGGUCCAGAAAGUAGCUGCAGUUAGUUUGACAGCAGACAUGUGGACAUCUAUAAACAUGGAUGCAUACUUGGCUGCCCUGGAAUUAACUCCAGUACUGUCCAGCAUUCGCAUGAAGGCAAGAAAGCUGGUGGGCUAUUUUAGAAGCAGCACAACUGCCAAAGAAAAGCUGGACCAAGUACAAGACCAGAUGGGGAAGCCCAAAAAGAAACUGAUUCAAGAGGUCGAAACUCGGUGGAACAGCACCUUCCAGAUGUUGGAGCGCGUUGCAGAGCUCAGGGAGCCUGUGGGGGCAGCUUUGGCAGGACUCAAAACAGACAUUCCUGCUCUGACCUCAGACGACCUCACUAUUGUGUGUGGGUGCUUGGCAGUACUGUCACCUUUUUUUGAGGCCACAACUGAGCUCUCGGAAGAGAAAAGGGUGUCUUGCUCUAAAGUGGUCCCAUUGCUGAAGAUGGUUGAGAAGCUGAUCCAGGAGGAGACUGCAAAGGCAGCUGUACCAGUGGCUCGGGAACUGGGGGGGCACCUGAUAAGGCUCCUGAGAGAGAAGCUGUACAAAGUUCAGAGCAUGAGCAUCCUGUCGCUUGCAACACUGCUCGACCCACGGUUCAAGGCACUUGGCUUCUUCUGUCCGAUGAAGACAGAGGAAGCCAUCAAACGACUGACGGCAGAAUGUGCCAACAUUAUCGGGUCUCGUACUCAUUCACUGCCACCUGUAGCGUCCACUUCACAGGAUUCUGGAGCUGAAAGACCUGGAAACAAACUAUGGAGCCAUUUGGAUGCCAUGGUGUCAGAAUCAAGAAAGACGAGUAAUGUUUUUGCUGAUGCCACAGUGGAAGCACAACGGUACCUGGCUGAACCGAAUAUUGCCAGGACUGAGGAUCCUCUGCAGUACUGGGAGAGGCAGAGGCAAAUAUACCCGAGCCUAUAUAGGCUAGCUCUGGGGUACUUGUGCACCCCUGCCUCCUCAGUCCCAUGUGAACGAGUUUUUUCAAAAGCUGGAGAGGGGGAACUCCAGUCCAUAGAACCCCUCAUCAAUGAGCUCUUCCAGCGGCAGUCUGAGCUGUGCUCUCGCCUGGCAAUCCUCGAAGCUCGGGACACUCAGCGGUCCUCAGCGGCAGUUCCCAAAGAUGUCCCCUCCACAUCUGCCAUGCCUGAUGUCCCCAGCAUAUUGGACACUCACUCUUCCUUAUGGUCGUCUGUUGAUAAGACGCGGAAACGGCUUCAUGCUCAAACACCACGCCAGAGUUUCCAGCCGCGAUUCACCCCCGGGGCAGAAAGCGUCAUACUCCUCGAACUACUGCACCGAUGUCCCAUGGUAAACGGGCUAGAUGUUCACCACCUCCACCAGUAA